GUCGCAGGAUGCUGAACAACGCGAACCGUCUUCCGCUUGGUUUGCUGCCGUACAACAUGCUAGCCGCCCGACCGUACUCGACCCCGAUCAACAACCUGGCGAUGCAUCCGGCAUUCCCGCAGCGCUGCUCGUACGGUUCCCCGCUGCAAGGGUUUCUGGGUGGCCCCGGCCCGGUACAGAUGGGUCCGCCACCGCCGCUACCUCCUCGCCAUCCGGGACCAGCGCCGGGUGGGCCGCCGCCAUUUUUGAUGCAGCGCAGCCCGACGCCCCUGCCGACGAACCAGUUCAACCAGCGGCUGGUGCAGGAAAUUCAACAAAACCAUCCGCUGCUCGCGUUCAACCGACAGCUCGCUGCGGCCAGCACGCUCAGCGUUUGCGGCAAUGGCGUGAACAAAGCAGCCCCGCUAGUAGCCCUGCCAAGGGCGGGUUUUAUGAAGCAGCAGCACCAUUUCCAGCAGCAGCAGCAACGAUCCCGAGUAGGCAAUGGAAUGCCAUCGAGCACUGCAGGCGGCGGGCAGCCAGAGGAGCGCGAUGAGUACGCAAACAUGAUGAGCAAUCGCAACAAGCAGUGGCUAAUCGGGAUAAAGCUGACGCAGCUCAACUCGGACGCACCCUACUUUAACGAUUACUAUUUCACCGUGUACAAGCAGCGGCUGGCAGCGGCGAAGGGCGAGGGCGAUAAUAGGAUCUAUCGCGAAAAUCAGCUCAACCAUCCGUUCACCCAGCCGGAGGAGCAUGCCCAGCUGCUGUUACUGUCGCUGCUGUCGAAGAACGGCAAGAGCGGGCUGCUCGGCACGAACCGCGAACGUCGCAGUUCCGAAUCCCGCUCCAACCCGAACGGCGGUAGCGAGGGAAAGGAUGGCUCAGCGCCGACGGGUGGUGGUCGAGCGUAUACCCCGCUCCAAUUUCAAAAUUCGCUCGGCAAGCUGCAGUGCGGUAGUGUGAUAGCGCCGCGAAAGCUCAUCGACGCCGACGUGAUGGGCAGCGACCAGCUGAACGGAAAUGGCGUGCCGGCACUUGAACCGCCGCUCCAGCGCAAAGCUCGCCAUGUGCUGCUGCUUAUCGAGACGCUGUACAAGUUGGUGCUCAAGCUGGAAGAUCUCGGCAAUCCCGUUGCGAUCGAAGCGAUGAAAGCGCUGCGCGAAAAGAAAAUGCGCAAGCGAACCAGCAGCACCGGCAGCGGCAGCGGUGUGGCGUGUUUGUCAGAAGCGGGCGCCAAGAUUGGCAACGCAUUGAUAAUUAAUCCGAAUUGAUACAACUUGAAACAAACCACGC